UAGCCUAUUUCUCGCAUCCAUUUUCCAGUUUUCCCCCCUGCGCAGUUCGCUUUCCAGCCCAAGUGUGUGUGAAAUUUUGCAGAAAAGUCCCAACCGAUUCUUGCCUCCAAAAAUUGCCGGCUGCCCGAGUGCGCACGCGUUUCGAUUGGUGCCGUCCGAUAGCAAUACCGGUGGACCUCUCGGCUCUCCGUCUACUCACCCCCCACGGUCGCCGUGCCUAUCGUGAAUCCUCACUCCGUAGUCCGUCGUCAGUUCCUUUCCUGCCAAACAUUGGAUGUUAAUCUGUGCCUGUCGGCUUUUUUCCUCUCCACAUUGCUUCAAAUAAUAAGACGUUCAACAUGUCGCUAAGAAGGGUUCUUGGCGUAAAAGAAGAGUUUAUCACUGAUAGUAAUCAGGCAGUCGAAUUCAAAAUGAUUCGCCAUGCCAAUGAUCUAAGUAAUGAUUCAGGAGUUUUCAAACCCGACAUGUCCCAUCAAAUUUUUGGAGACGACGAGCAGAUUUAUGGUUAUGAAAAUCUUCUCAUCAAAUUGUAUUACUCUGCUGCUAAUCUAACUACGUAUCUCGGUGUUGAAUACAAGGACCGAUUAGAUGACGCUGUGCCGGCAAACAUCGAGAAAACGCUUGCAGACAAAUAUGAAUGCAGCAAUUUCAUUACAAACAUAGAUGAGUUCGGGAGGAUCCUUGAAAAAGAAAAAAAUUUUAACCCAUUUGGCGAACUGCUCAAUUCAUUUACUAUUAAUGACAAUGAUUCAUUCCGCACGUUUUGUGUUUAUAAAUGUACAACUGAUUCAAAGGAAUUUUUAGAAUAUCAUGCUAAGAUGCAAACAUUUGUUUUGUGGUUUAUUGAUGCAGCAAGUUUUAUAAACACGGAAGAUAGCUACUGGAAAUUCUACGUCAUGUAUGAAAAGUACAAGUCUGCAGACAACACUCCCCAGUAUGCAUUCGUAGGGUAUUUCACGGUCUAUGAAUUUUACUUUUACCCUGAUAAAAUUCGUCCCCGGAUUAGUCAAGCUUUGAUCUUGCCUCCCUUUCAAGGAAUGGGAUUGUGUGCAAAGCUCAUUAACACAGUACAAAUGCAUUAUGCUUCUAUGAGAGAAGUAUUUGAUAUAACAGUGGAAGAUCCAGCCAUAGAUUUUCAAAGAGUCAGAGAUUAUGUCGAUUGUAGCAAUUGUUUACAUUUGUCUUCCUUCAGUUCUGAAAAACUAAUCAGAGGCUUUCAUAGUGAUAUGGCCGAAGAAGCAAGAGAAAAAUAUAAAAUAAACAAGAAACAAGCAAGGCGAAUAUAUGAAAUUUUAAGGCUUAACAUUACAAAUAUCCACAAUGAAGCAGAAUAUAAAGAAUAUAGACUGGAUGUUAAGAAGAGAUUAUAUGCACCAUUUCAGAGACAAAAUUCGAUACUGAUUAAAACAAAUCAAGCCCAUCUAAUAGAAAACAAGGAAGAGAGACUUACUAAACUUCAAGAAUUGUUCAACGAAUUGAGCGAGGAGUAUACAAAAGUGCUUGAUAGAGUGUUGGAAUACCCUCUAAAUUCUUAAAAGUUUUCAAAAACUUUUUUCCAUUUGUUUUUUGUUUAAGUACUAAGUUAAUUUUUGUUUAUUUGUUACCAUAAGAUUAGUUCUGUGUUAACAGCGUUUUCGUUCUACUUAAACUAUAAUUCAAUUUGGAUUCAUUUGAGCUUAGUUUUAAGCGUUAGCAGUUAAUUACCAUGAGUAAGAGUUAUCACUCAAUUAUAAGUUUUUUUGUUG